CAUGUCUCCGGAGUUUGCUAUGCAUGGCAAAUUCUCAAUGAAAACUGACGUGUAUAGCUUUGGAAUCUUGAUUCUUGAGAUUAUAAGUGGCAAGGAGAAUAGCUAUCUCUAUCAGAUAGAUGAAAAUACUACUGCUGGAAACUUGGUCACCUAUGUUUGGAGGCUUUGGACAAGCGGUUCACAACUAGAGCUAGUGGAUCCGGCCAUGCGAGGGAAUUAUAAGAGUAAUGAAGUCGCGAGAUGCAUCCAUAUUGCGCUCUUAUGUAUUCAAGAAAAUCCAGAAGACCGCCCAAUGCUAUCAACAAUCAUCACAAUGCUCACCAGUAACACAACCAUUCUUCCAGUUCCUCGCCUACCAGGAUUUUUCCCGCAAAUCAGGCACAACUAAGUGAUUUAGAGCCAAGCCAAUACAUGAAGUCUUUUCCUAGCUCAGUUCACAAAAGAUGAUAUGAAGAAAAGUCAUCAUAUUAGAAAUGUUAUAACAUAUAUAUGCUCAAACGAUAUUUGAUUUAUUACCCCACUAAUAAGAAGCAUUGUACGUUUUUAU